CAUAGUCAAUAUAAUGGCGUGUGUCGCCGAAAACCUAUAUUGACUUGAAUAAGCAAAUCGUUUGAUUUUUUAAAUUAUUUAUCGCUAAUAUACACAAGUUAAACAGGUUUUUGUUAACUGUAACUUAAAAAUAGUUGUAAGCCAAAUUAUGUACCCAUGGCCAUGUGAUAGUUUUUAACUAGGGAAAUUAUUUGUAAAACGCCCUUAUUGAUUUUUGCUGUUGGGUGCAGCGCGACGUGCUAGCAUGUUCGAGUUUCGCUAUUUUUUAUUUAAUACGAUCAAACUGUUUUUAUAAUCACCGUAUUGUGUUCAUUGUGAUCCAUUAAAAAACAACGCUUUUUAUCGUGAGUGACAUUGAGUUUUGUGGUUAAUUUUUAGUGUUUAAUGUAUCCAUCGCUAGUGGUUGCAAAAUCCAGUGAUGAUUCACAACAUGUCACAACGUAAUUUUAUAGAAAUUAUAUCUAAAAUACAUUCAGAAUUAUUUAAUAAUGUCGUUUCAAAUAAAUAUAUACUGCAUGAUAUGUUUUCGUCGAGGAAUUAAGUUUUAUUGACUAACAGCAUAUUCUAAAUUCCUUGUUUUAAUUGUUCAAUGAACAUGGUUUCGAGGUACAUAUCUAACGGCACUGUCAACGUUAAACAGGAUGGCAUGUGCCCGCUACCGCUGCAUCCUUAUAGGGUGAUGCAACCAAGACCUGAAGGGUAUCCUGUAUCAGCUCCACCGGGAACGUAUGUGCAACCGCCGCCCAAUCAGGGAGGGAACCAGGGUCCUACGUUGAGGGGUCCUUCUGUACCGCCAAACCAAUCGUCGACGCCUCCGAAUGCCGAUAUAAAAGUGUCUACUUUAACUCAACAACCUUCUCUAAAUCCUAUGUUUGUUGCUCCAAACGUUCGACCUCCAGCGGCUAACUUUUAUCCUAGACCAAGUGGUCCUCCUAGUCAACCACAAAGAAUGACGAGCCAUAAUAACAGGCCUCAACAGGGCCAAUUGUACACAUCAUCUCAAGCGCCGCAAUUCAUGCACGUAGCGGCGACACCGCAAGUGUAUCUUGCAUCGACGAAUUCCGUUCCUUACGCAUAUGGUACUCAGAGACCGGCUGCAGCUAGUUAUGUACAAACACUGCCAGUCUACCCACAUCUGUAUUCUUAUCCUUCGCAAAGUCAAACGCCCCCAGUUUCAUAUGGCUAUUUUCCACAAAUGAUGCCAAGGACAGCUUCUAUGACUCCAGUAACAGUUGCGAAUUCAAAUAAUACACAGAAUCCCAUACCUCCUGUAAAUCCCCUACCAACAAAUCACCAUCAAUUUCGGCAGCCAAGGAAUAAAAGGCAGAAUGCUAUUCCUGUUAUAGAUCCUGUUACGGGGGCCGAUCGUCUUCAAGAGAUGUAUGAAGAGAAUCCCCAUCCUCCUUCGGGGGAUACAUCUGCUAGACAAACUCCCCAACCGGCCAAUAAUCAAAGUCAUACUAAAGAAGUACAAGCUACAUUUGCCAAACUAGUGAUUGAAGCCAUUGAAAAGGAUACUCGUGUAGAAAAUCAACCUCCUCCUCCAGUACAUCAACUCCACGUCCCUACUCACCCCCAGGAGGAACAACAUCAUUCUGAUCAUAUAUCUGAUGGACAACAAACCAACCAAGUAGUGAUAGAACACGAUAGCAUCGGUUCGCAAAGACAGGGAGCUGGUCCUGUUCCACAAGUUCCACAACAACAGCAUCAGCUGAAAAUGGAUCACGUAUUACAGUCCAGUAAAUUGCAGGCCGAUGCGAAGGAAUUCAUAUUGCCUCCAACAGUUCUCAAAGAAACUCCAAUAGUAUCUGCCAACAUAGAUGCCGUUGAAGUUACGUUACCGAAUAAGUUACCAAAAGAAAAAGAGAGUCCGGCCAAAGGUCGCAAACAGAGGGAACAAUCAGCUAGGACAGGUGAACAUAUUGUUAAAGAAGCAGCUAUCGAAAAAACGUUGCCAGUUUCUGUACCUUCCAACAAAGAGACUAUUUGUGAUCAAGAUUCUUCCAUUCUAAAAGACGAGGUAAAAUCGGUGCAAGAUGUUCCCUCGUCUUUACCCAUGCAAUCAACGAAUCCUACUCAGGUAUCUACUGCCGUUAAAGAAAAUGUUGCACCCAAAGAAAUAACCAGUGAUAAGAUACAGCAGCAACAAAGACCACAACAGAAUCAACAGCAUACUAGAAAAGAUGUGAAGGAAGCUCCAGCAAAAACUGUUUUGGAAAGACAGGAUAGUGCAUCGUCAGUCGGUAGUAUCCAGAAUAUUUCCCAGGAGAACUCUAAAUCUAAAAAUGCUCAACGAUCGGCCUCUAAACAGGGAACUGGUGGACAAAAUAAUAACCAAAAAUCGGUUGCACAAGCUCAGGUAUCUGUACCUCAACCACAACCGGCUAAAGCUGCCAGCAAAUCAAAUAAGAAAAAUGAACUUAACUUGAAGGGCGCCAAUAAAGAAGGCACCGAUAUGGAUGCCUUCAAUGACAACAUACCAACAGGAGAAGUGAACUCUAACGUGAUUCCUAACCAGACUGUAAAAGAUUUAUUGAAUGCCAAUACUUUACCCCAAACUAAUAAUGCCAAUGUUAAUGUUAUCCCGACACAACCUCCCUUAGUUAGAGACGUUAACGUAAACGUUGAAACGAACAAUAAAAAUGAGUCGACAAUCAAACCUCCUGAAACAGUUACCAAACCUCUUAAAAAUAAGAUUGAUAUUACCGAUAUUGUUAGGGAAAAGCCUAAAAAUAUUAAACCUUAUAAUAGUAAUAGUACGAAAGAUGGAAACGACGAAACUGAUAGGGCUGCAAUAUCGCAAUCGAAUGAAAAAAUGGUUCAAGCUAAGAACGAUGUGAAUUCUAAAACAAGUGAGAUUAGUAGGAUAGAAACUAAAUUACCUUAUACUGAAGGCCAAUGGUCUCCUGCCAACCAAUCAGGAGUGAAAAAAUAUAAUAGAGAUUUUCUACUGGCAGCUAAAGAUCUACCUGCCAGUAAGAUAAUUCCCGAUAACAUCCCAGAUUCUGUUUUGGCAGAUGAAAAAGGACGAUUGAGUGAUGGCAGACUAUCAAUGGGUGGAGGUAGAACUGAUUUCAAUCCUUCAUUUAAUAACUAUGGCAGAAAUAGUUCUCAAAAAGGAACGUUGACCAAUAGAUUAAGCGGUAGUAAAAUGGAUAGGGGUAAAGGUAACAAGGGUGGAAGUUUGGUAAAACCUCCAAUGAAAGUUUCCAUUUCUGUAAGAGAAGAGGUUAAAUUGCAUGAAUCUGAGAACGCUUGGCGACCUGCCAGGUUUAGCAAGGGAGAAUUCCAGACAGAAGAUGAUAAGAAAACCGAAGAAUUGUACAGGAAAGUAAGAGGAAUACUCAACAAAUUAACUCCUCAAAAAUUCGAAACCUUAUUACAACAAAUUAAAAACCUUUCUAUUGAUACGACCGAACGUUUGCAAGGUGUUAUAGAUUUAGUUUUCGAAAAGGCCGUCGAUGAGCCGAAUUUUUCCGUUGCGUACGCCAGCAUGUGUGGACAAUUAGCCCUUCUGCAAGUGCCGGUACACACAGGCGAUAAACAAGAAUACGUCAAUUUCCGAAAACUUCUUAUUACUAGAUGUCAAGUAGAAUUUGAAAAACAAUCUCUAGAUGAAAGUAUACGAAAUAGUAAAAUAAAAGAAAUAGAAGAAUGUACGGAUCCCGAAAAGAAAAAAGAUCUAGCUUUUGAUUUGGAAGAGUACGAUAGAAGACUGAGGAUGAAAUCAGUUGGCAAUAUUAGAUUUAUAGGGGAAUUAUUUAAACAGAACAUGCUCACUGUAAAAAUAAUGAUGAGAUGUUUGGAAAAUUUAUUAGAAAACAAAGACGAAGAGAGUUACGAGUGCCUGUGUAAAUUAUUGACAACAAUAGGUAAAGAGUUAGACGCCAACCAAUCUAUUUCUCUUGAUUCAAUAUUUACACAGAUGAAGAAUAUUGCGAAUAAAAAGGAUUCAACUAACAAGAUCAGUAGUAGAAUUAGAUUUAUGUUACAGGAUGUGAUAGAUCUUCGUGCCUCAAAAUGGGUACCCAGAAGACAAGAUUUAAAUCCAAAGAAAAUCGAUCAAAUCCAAAAAGAAGCCGAACAAGAACAAUUAAAUAUCCAAAUGAUGAAUUCAGCUCCGUUGCCAUCUAGAAAAGACGACAGAGGUGGCAUGGGAAAUUCGGGAGGACCAGGAGGUUCGAAGGGAGGUAGAUCUAGAAAUGUUACAGCUGAUGAUGGUUGGACAAUGCCUAACAGGGGGAAAAACAACUCUUUCUGUAUUAAGAGUGAUUUAUUGAGGGGAGCGAGAACUGCGCCUACGGCUGAUGAACCACUUGGUGCUGCUAUUAUGUACAACAAGUGGCAUAUGGGUGCCGGUACCAAUGUAAAAACACCUUCAAAUCAAGUCAAUAUAUAUGCUGCAUUAGAAAAUAUAGAUGGCGAUCGACGUACCAGUUCUCGUCAAGGACAAAAGGAAAUUUAUAUUUCGAAAGGUACAAGCCUCGAACGCGGUAAUUAUAAAUACGAUAGUCGGAGCGGUUCACGUUCUGGUUCGCAACAUCGUUCGAACGAUAGUUCUGCAUCAUCUUCACAACGAGGAACUCCUGCUCCUGUUUCGUUACCUCCACAAGCGGCAGUUUCCCGAUCUCAACCGCAACAGUCGACGGCAACGACCACUCCACAAGCGACCCCCGCUACCGCUUUUACAGAAGAACAGUAUUCGAGGCGGAUGAUCAACAGUUUGGAUGAAUAUGUUAGUGGAAAUUCCAGUUUGAAUGAAUAUUUUAUGGAUAUAAGUAGUUGCGUGCCGGUGUGGUACUUCCGAACUAUGGUUACCGAUAGUUAUUUACAUGUAUUAGAAAAGUCGCAACAAAUGAGAUUAAAGGCUGGAGAACUUUUCGCUAAAUUAGUUGUUCAGGGUAAGAUACCUUUAGAUGUUUACUGCUCAGGAUUGGCGGACAUAUUAUCACUAGCUGACGAUCUCACGAUUGAUAUUCCAAAAUUUUGGGAUUAUGUAGCUGAAAUGUUGGUUGAUUCAAUUAUAGAGGACGCCGUACCUCUAAAGAGGCUACACAAAACUUUUGAUGUGCUCAUUAAACAAGGAAAAGCGGAUCUGUUGUUGGCGCCGCUAUUUAAAUUAGUUAUUAGCAAUAAAGGAUCGCAUUUUCUUCAUAAUCAAUGGCAGGCGUCCAACCUACAACUGAGUGACUUUAUGGAUAACUCGAGUAUAGAAUCUUUCAUUAGGGACAAUCAAUUGGAAUUCUUAUUAGGUGGUGGUACAGUACAGGUUGAUCACAACCAAUUAUCGUUCGAGGAAAUAAAAACAAAAUUAUCACAGUUCUUGGCAACUGGUAGAAAUAUAGAUGAAAUUCACGAUUGGGUAAUGGCGAACUUAGGAGAAAAGGGCGCUAAAGAAAACAAAUUCAUAAGAGCGUUGGCGACUGCGUUUUUUGAAGACGCUAUCAAUAAAAACAACAAAUUUAUACCUGACAAAAUAGACCAGCACAAUCAUUUAUUAUUGAAAUAUGUUGAUAAUAAGCCUGGAUUUGAACUAGAAUGCCUUUACGCACUCCAAGCGCUUAUCCAUAAGAUGGAGCAUCCCCGAGGACUUCUGCUUCAAAUUUGCGAUAAACUGUAUGAGCUAGGCACAUUUUCCCAAGAAAGCUUCAUAGCUUGGGAACAAAGUCAGGAUCCUGCAGAACAAGAAGGCAAAGGAGUGGCCCUGAAGCAGCUGACGUCUUUCUUUUGCCAGUUGAAAGAAAAUGAUGACGACGACGAAUCGUCAGGAUCUGAUCCCUAUACGGAAGAUUAGGGAGGGAUUUUAGUGAUUGUGUAAAUAGAAACUAAAGUGCUGGUGAUUGCAGCAUACAACUGUAUAAAGACAAUAAUAAAUUAAUGAGUAUAAAUAAAUAAAUAACUAAUUAAGAGAAACUCAGUGAGUGAGUCUAAAGUAAAAACUCUUAUAAAAAAAUUUAUACAAUUGUUUAUACUAUACAUAUAUAUAUUAUACAUAUAUUUAAUUAUAUACUAUUAAAAAAACAGUUGUAAGUUGAAAGUAAGUGCGGGAAAUGUUAAGAAAAAGUGCCCUCCGAAUAUUGAAAAAAAAUUUAAAUGUUAAAAGGACAAAAAAAAUUUUAAAUUUAAGCAUAGACUCUGUGAACGCCCGUGAAAAUAUUUUCAAGAGGAAAUCGAGAGAAAUGCCGAGAAAAAGAUGGAUAACGGGUUCGGUAAAACGCGGCAGUUUUUUUUACUCUACUAGUGUUUAUAAUCGCAGUUAUUGCCGAUUGGGUGAGGUUAAAAAAAUUUCAAAACAUACGGAUGAUACGAUUAUUAAAUUAUAAUUGGUAUCAUCCGAAGUUGAAUAUUUUAUUUGGAAAAUGAGAAAAAUGAUAUAAUUUUUCAUACAUUUAACUAAAGAAUUCCAUCAAUCAUUGUAGAUAUUUCAAUUUGAAAAUUGGAAUUGGAAAGUGAAAUAUCCAAAAUGUUACAAAUUUAGAAAAAAAUAUUUUAAUUCAUAAUAGAAAGUACCCAACGUUUUUUUUUUCUUAAUUACCCGAACCAUAUUUAGUAUUUUACCAAAUUAUAUUGGGUUGGCGACAAAGUAAUUUCGGUUUUGUAGUAUAAAAUAAAACAAAGAAUAGUUUUUAAUCAAUUAUAUAUUUUCCAUUUUGCAAUAGUUCUUUUAACUUUAUGAUUCCGCGCUCAUAAAAUUUUGGUCCUUAUCAGCAAAAAAAUAAACCGGGUGCGAUUGAAGGUCAUCGUCAUUUGUGAAAGUUUGACCAUUCAAAGAAUUCUCAAACUUCGAAAUAAAUGGUAAUCUGAUUGUGCCAGAUCAGGCCUGUAUGGGGGAUGUGACAUCACUUCCCAGCCAAGCUCCAAUAGUUUCCCACGAGUUUUUCUUUGAUUGCUUCUUCCAGUUUCAUAAAUUGUUGACUGUAAACAUCAAAAUUAAUCGUUUGGUUCCUUGGAAGUGGUUCAAAAAACACAAUACCUUUGUAAUUCUACCAAAUCGACAGCAUGGCUCUCUAUCAGUAAAAAUUGAAAGUAAUUAAUUGCUAAGAUUAUAAUAAAGCACCUUAUUCUAAUUUAAUGUCUUAUUUGGUCUCACGAGAAGCCCAACGUAAAUAAGGUAAUUAGGAAACAGGAUUUUUACACUAGAAGAGCAAAAUAAAAAGGAUUUAUUAUUAUUAUUUAUUAAAAUAUUGAGGAAAUGUCUGUCUAAUCCUCCAAACGAAAUAUUUGUUUCUUUAUGCUUAACGAAUUGAUUAACUGGUGCGAUCUUCCGAAAAUUUUAUCAGAAAAACUUUUAAAAAUAUCACAGAAUUUUGUUGAAGGCGCAUAUAAAACAUUUUUUUAUGUUCCCUAGAAUAUAUUAAUGAAUUUGCAUUAAUUAACACAAGUGGCAUUUGAGACUUUUAAAUAAUUUCUUCGCUACUGAACCUGCCACAUGAGGAGUGACAAAAUCUGCUGCUGAAAUGUGGGUCCAAUCUUUAUAUUUUCAGUUAAUCAAAUAUUUACAAAAGUUUACACAACUUUUAUGGGGUUUGUACAAGAUUUGAAUAAAUAUAAAGGUAAGUGCACACUGUUGACUCAAUGUAACAGAAGCUAAAUAUUUUCUGUCAACAAUAGAAUUUCAAAUGAGACCAAUGACAGAACUUCGUUCAUGCAAUUUAUGAGUAGAUUUUGAAGGAAUCGAUAAUGGAAUUCGUAGAUAUUGGCAGAUAUGAUACAAAUUGACUAUUAUACCUCAUACUAUAGAGUUUGUUUUGAAAAAUACUUACAGGAUCAAUUUUGUCUUCAUGUUUUCUUGAAAAAAAAGGCAUCACCAAACCAAUAGAUUAAAUAAAUUUCUAGAACUUUCCCAUAUUUCGGUUUUCUCCUUGCUAAGAACUAACCGAGAUACAAACAGUUCUAUCGGUACCAAAUACAGAAAACAUCAACAUUCACCAUUUAAAGAGAUUAUUUUUAAAAAAUGUCUUGUAUUUCCCAUGGAUUUAUGGUGAUAACUAAAUUCUUAUUUGACAUCAAAAUUCAUGUGAGACAUUCACAUUAUUUGACAAACAUGUUUGUGAAACAAAACUUUGACGUACAGGGUCGUUUUAAAAUAUUAUUGUUAGUUCUAAUUUGCCGUUUUAUUAUUUCUUACUGAGUGGUAAUUAAUUAGUAUAAUUUCUACAGAUGAUUGAACAUUGCAUUUGUCAAUUAGAAAAUCACAGCAUUCACAAUCAGUCAAGUAAUAAACUACUAACAGUUCUCUAGACUAUUUAAGGAAAUUUACUUUUUUAUCAUAAUUUAAAAUUGUUUUAAUGAAAUUGGACUAAAUGGAUUAAUGUUCAUUCGAAAAUUAGCUGUGGAAUUUUAACAGAUGUUAAUGUGAAACUUUUUCAAAGUGGUAUCGUCCAAUGAGGCACGACGAGCCUAUCUGAGACCUAUGUACUCAAUGCUCCUUCAGCCUCCCACUAUAAAUAUGAAACUUUGUUGGAAUUAAAUAAAAUUAAUAUUCGAAUUACUAUUUUUUUUCUAUUUGAGAAAUUAAUUUUCACAAAUUCCUAAAUGCCCUUUUUCAUUUCAUCGUUAACUGAAAAAACUACUAACUUGGAAUGAUUGGUUUGGAAAUCACUAAAAACUUAAUAUAUACAUUUUUUUUUCGAUAAAUAAUCUUUUGUUAUAUUUUGAUAUCAAAAUGGUUGGUAAUUUUUUUGUAUGAUCGGCAGUUUCUGCGCAUUAUUGUAUAAUUCAAUUAAUGUAUUUAUGUACUAUAUAUUUUAUAUUUGGAUACUUUUUAUUCAUGUUAUUUUAGCUAAUAUUUUCGUUUUUCCGAUUCUUCCCGGGUCUAUCUGUGUUUUUAAUUAAAAUGGUAUCGUCAUUUAUUUCUUGUUAUUGGUGAAAAAUUUGUUAUCUUCUGGUAGGGUAGUAGUAUGAAUGAUACUCAUUUUCAUCCCCCAGAGUAUUUAAUUUUUUUUAAAUUUAAAUUCCCAGCAAAUAAGUUUUAUAUAAAAUUAUAAGUUUUUCUUUCAAAUUGGUUGAUUUUUUUUAUUAGAAUGUGAGAUUGAAAUAGAGGAAUUUUUAAGAAAAUCUGGAUAAUUUUUUUUUAAAUUUUUCAAUAUAAAAUAGUUUAGUUUUCACAAAUUGAUAUUUUCAAACGCACUUCCCACUUUAUAUUUUAAACUUUAGUGACAUAUUUUUAAUAACUGCCAUCGAUAACGAACGUUAUUUUACAAGAAAAUAACAGGAAAUAAUUUACAAACUUUUCUCAUUCCAAAAUCCUCAAGCAAAUCUAUUCUGAAUCCGUUCUUGUCCUUUUAAUUUGCCGAAUCCUUCUAUUAACGUCAUUUUUCAAAACAGUGUAAUUUGUGCCUGCGUAGAACCCACACUGAAAUCACAGUUCAUAAAAAACACAGUUGUUUCGAAAAAAAAAAAAUAUUCACUUUAAUAACAUUCCCAGCCUCUAAUAAAUAGUCGACUAAACUGUAGUACCAACGACACACUCCUUCAGGCUAGUACAGACCAGAAUACAAAAAUAUUUUUUAACAUAUUAUCAACAAUGUUAGUUAGACAUUUACACCAAGAUCAGUGAUGUUCAAAAAAUGGAGGAGACUUCCUGCUGGUGCAUGUGUCAUAAUUAUCGGUUCAAAUCAAGAUCAGUGUUGUUUCGAAAAGUAGAGGAAAUAGUUUAUGCGGGAGAUUGUGCUGCAUUCAUCAUUAUUGGUGGAAAUGCUGAGGAAAGAAAAAAGAAGAAGUUGUAUUUAGAAACAAGGAACUAUCCAUGGGGAUAAUUUGCCGUUUGAGCUACUGAGACUCAUUAACUAGUCUCAUGUAUUGUACCCGAAAUUUGAGUUGCAUAAUUCAGAUAAUGUUCAGUAGAUGUUUGUCGUGCAAAUUGAGCGAUAUUUUCCAUUUGGACCACAAGGUUACAAGCAACAAAUCUCUUCGAUACCAUGUGAUACUUUUCUCAACAGUGUUUGCAAAUGUUGCUAUUAUUUUGCAUCCUAGUCUAUACUAGCAAUUACAUGCACUUGCCCACAAUAUCCUCUUGCGUUAAAAGUAGGCUGGGUGUUGAUGAAUCCUAUAGAAAUUUUACCAUACAAUGAGUCUUGUCUUUCUAUUGUAGUAUAAUCCACCUUUAUCUUCCAAUUUAUCCCUUAUUUAAAAAAUUCAUCCAAUAUCUCUCGUGUCUAUUUUUAUAUGCUUAUUAUUUUUAUUUCCUUUCUUUUUCCUACUCCAAUCGCAAUGAUUUUGUUCCAAAAAUCUCUGUUAUUGUGUUUAUGGUAAUUUGCUAAUUCUUCUCACGAAUUGUUUCUAUUUUUUAUUUUUUAAUUUCUUUCUGAUAGUUUUAUACGCUUCUUUAUCCUAUUCACUUUUAUUUUUAUUAGAAUUUUUUCACGUUUUUGUUUUUGUCAUAUUUAUUCUAUAUAAAUCUAUAUAAUUUAGGUACUGUAUUUAAAUUUCUGUAAAUUUCAUAUAUGAAAAUUUCAUUACAUUGACCAACCAAUAUUACCAAGAACCAAUAAAAAAUUAUCCAGCAAGUUUUGUUUGUAAUUUUUAAAAAUUAAGUUAAUACUUAAAAUUACUAAUAUUUGAAGAUAUUCUACUACUGACUCUACAGGAUUAUCAAAUGAUGUUAAAUUAUCUUUUGAUUUGUUAUGUAUAGAGACAGGCAGUAGCUCAUUACGAUUUAGAAUAAAAUUUUUCUAGAUAUAUUGUACUUUUUUUAAGCUAUUAAUAAGAACUAAAAUAUUUUGAGUUACUGCAGUCUAGUCAGAAAAUAUGUUGUAUUAAUAAAUAUUGUGAAAAUGUUUUUUAUGAAACUUUUACAAUAUUUUAUGAUUGAUUUGUACAUAGACUUCCUCGAGAAUAAAAAUGCGUUUGAACAGAG